AUGGCAAUCUUGAGCAUAUUGGAUAAGCUGCCCGCUGAGUUGCUAAUUGUCAACGUUUGGCACAAACGGACCGAGCCAUCUUGGGAAGGAAAAAGGGAAAGACUGGUUGCGAAAGAAAAGAAGGGUAGAGCAUUUUUGUGUUUUGCGGACGUUGCUCCUCACCCCUUCUUUCUCCUUCCUUGCGUUUGCGCAUCAGUCGUCCGCAAGUCCUAA